AUCCCAAAUUGGACACUAGCAGCUAAUAAUUUCUCUCAGCUCCUCCAACAGAUCUCUGAUGAAUCAUCGGUUUUCCAAAAACUAAUUUGUUUCUCUCUCAACAAACAAACACGCCCUUACAUAACAAACUCACCAGAAUUUCAUUUUUUCUCUUCUUUCUAAUUUUGCUUUUGCUUCAGCGUCUCGAAACUAAAGGCGCUUCCUCGCCAGGUGCCUUGUUUGAACAAUUUAUGGAGCUUUGAGAGGUUACGAGCCGUGAGAUGGCGUUGCUUCGACGGCUCUUCUACCGGAAACCUCCUGAUGGUCUACUAGAGAUCUCUGAGCGAAUUUACGUUUUCAACAGCUGCUUUACUGAUGAUGCCUGGGAAGAAGAAAAUUACAAAGGGUAUGUAGCAGGAAUUGUUGAUCAACUACGAGAACACUUUCCAGAUGCCCAGUUCUUAAUGUUCAAUUUCCGUGAGGUAAAGACCAAAAGUCCUAUAGCCGAGGUCUUUGCUGAGUGUGAUAUAACCAUAAUGGACUAUCCUCAGCAUUAUGAGGGUUGUCCAUUGCUCACACUGGAGGUCAUCCACCAUUUUCUGAGAUCUACCGAAAGUUGGCUCUCGCUUGGGCAACAAAAUGUGCUGAUAAUGCAUUGUGAGCGCGGUGGUUGGCCAGUUUUGGCUUUCAUGUUGGCUGCACUCUUGAUAUAUAGGAAGCAAUACCGUGGAGAACAGAAGACUUUAGACAUGAUUUAUAAACAGGCUCCUCGUGAGCUUUUGCGUAUGCUCUCAGUAGUGAAUCCAAUUCCUUCUCAACUAAGGUAUCUGCAGUACAUCUCAUGGAGGAGUAUAGACUCAGAAUGGCCUCCUUUGGAUAGAGCUCUCACCCUGGAUUGCGUCAUUCUCAGAUUUAUUCCCAAUUUCGAUGGAGAGGGUGGUUGCUGUCCAGUAUUUCGAGUAUAUGGACAGGAUCCUCUUCUUGUUGAUGAUCGAAGUACCAAAGUCUUAUAUGCAACAAUGAAAAGAAGCAAGACUCCCCGUGCUUAUAAGCAGGGAGAAUGUGAACUGGUUAAAUUUGGCAUUAAUUGUCCAAUACAAGGUGAUGUUGUGCUUGAGUGUAUCAACUUGAAUGAUGACAUGGAACGAGAACAAUUGAUGUUCCGAGUUGUUUUUAACACAGCAUUUAUCAGAUCAAAUAUAUUGAUGUUAAACCUUGAUGAAGUUGACAUAUUAUGGGAUGCUAAAGAAUCAUUCCCAAAGGGAUUCAGAGUAGAGAUUCUUUUCUCAGACAUGGAUAAUGCUGCUUCAGUUGUCAAUCUUGAUAUUUCUUGCUUUGAAGAGGAGGGCCUUCCAGUUGAAGCAUUUUCCAAAGUUCAUGAAAUCUUUAGCCAUGUAGAUUGGUUAGAUCACACGAAAGAUUUUGCAUAUAAUGUGCUCCAACGCUUAACUACAUCAAAUAGUCUCCAAGAAAAGUCAGACACUAAUUCAAGCACAGUUUUGGGAGAUAGCCCUAUACUUCAAGAUAAAAAGAAGCUCACAAUUGCGCAGGAUAGUAGUGAGAGCUCAGUAUCCUUGGAUCCAAUGUCUCAUUCUGUGUCUUCACCACUAAUAUCUCCAGAUACAAUUGAGAAUAAGGAGGAAGAACCCCAAGAUUCUGGGAAUUCCAUUCAACCACCUAGUCAAUAUGAUGUCUUCUCCCAACAGACACCGGAAUCUUUAUUACAAGAUUCAUCAACAAUGGUGUCAGGAAAUCACGAUGAAUCCCAGGUUUCUAAAAGUAAACCUUUGAAGCAUGAUGACGAAGUAAAGAUCACUCAUGAGAUGAUAACAUCUAUUAGUGUCCCAGAAACUACACCAGCUCAAGAAACAGCUGUCCCAUUUAGACCUCAAACUGUGGAUGUCAAUAGUGCUUCUUCACCACCAACUCCUCCACCUCCUAUUCCAAUUCAACUUUCUUUAACUUCUAGUGCCUUGAAAGCUCUUCCUCGACCACCACCACCACCACCUUCAUUGUCUACUACUACUUCCCCUUCACUUGUUACGAGUGCUUCAUCAACCCUUUCCAAACCUUCAUCCCCACCUCUUCCCCUCACAAUACCUUUUAAAACUGCACUCUCUAGUAAAACUCCAAAAACUUUAAUUUCUACUUCUUCCCCUCUAGCCCUUGCAGUUGCUUCAUCAUUGACUACCUCAGCUGUACCUCCUUCCACACCAGCUUUGAAGCAAAAAUCAGAAAUUGGAGCUAGACCUCUUUCACCCCCACCCCCUCCUCCUAUGCCACUUGUGAGGGAGAAAUCUGACAUUAGAACUGGAACUGCUCCACCCCCACCUCCUCCUCCCAUGCCACCUUUGAACGAGAAAUCAGACAUUGGAAUUGUAACACCUCCAACCCUAGCCCCAUCACCUCCUCCUGUGACACCAUUGAAGGAAAAUUUAGACAUUGGUGUUGGAACUUCUCCACCCACACCCACACCCCCACCCCCACCCCCACCCCCACCUACACCCACACCACCUCCUCACAUGCAACCAUUGAAAGAGAUUUCAGACACUAAAGCUGGAACCCCAUCCCCUCCUCCUCCUCCUCAUGUGCCACCUUUAAAGGAGAACUCUGCCAUUGGAGUAGGACCUCCUCUACCCCCACCCCCACCUCCUCUUUCAUGCUUUGGACAGCCUGCUAAUUCCAUAGUUUCAAAUCUAGUUUCUCCACCACCCCCACCUGCUCCCAUUUUGUCCUCAAAUUCUCCUCUAGUCCCCUCUGCUCCUCCUCCACCCGUUCCUUUUGGUAAGGGGGCAUCAAAUACUCAUGCUGCUUCCCACACUCCAGUUCCUCCACCACCGCUAAUUUCUCCUGCUAGUUCAAAGGGUCGAUUGUCAAGUACUGUUGAUUUAAGGAAUCGACAAACAAAGAAAUUGAAGCCUUUGCAUUGGUUGAAGUUAACAAGAGCUGUUUCUGGAAGUAUAUGGGCUGAAGCAAUAAAGUCUGGCGAAGCUUCCAAGGCUCCAGAGAUUGACAUGUCAGAACUUGAGAAUCUUUUCUCAGCUACAGUUGCAAAUCCAAAUCAUGGAAAACCAAGUACCCGUAGUGCACAAGGUCCUAAAUCAGAUAAAGUGCAACUGAUUGAUCUUAGACGAGCAAAUAAUUGUGAAAUCAUGCUCUCAAAGGUCAAAGUGCCAUUGAAUGACUUGAUGAGUUCAGUUCUUGAUCUAGAAGAAUCAGCAUUAGAUGUUGACCAGGUUGAAAACCUUAUAAAGUUUUGUCCAACAAAGGAUGAGAUGGACCUACUUAAGGGCUACACUGGAGAAAAGGAGAAGUUGGGCAAAUGUGAGCAGUUCUUCUUAGAGUUGAUGAAAGUUCCACGAGUAGAAUCCAAGCUCAGAGUUUUCUCAUUUACGAUAGAGUUUAGUACCCAGGUUUCUGACCUUCGUAGUAGCCUGAAUGUUGUUAACUCUGCAUCAGAACAGAUCAGGAACUCAGCUAAAUUAAGAAGAAUCAUGCAGACAAUUCUUUCGUUAGGAAAUGCUUUAAACCAGGGAACUGCUAGGGGCUCUGCAGUUGGAUUUCGGUUGGAUAGCCUUCUUAAACUCACUGAUACCCGUGCACGAAACAACAAGAUAACUCUCAUGCAUUAUCUUUGUAAGGUGCUUGCUAAUAAAUUACCAGAACUUCUAGAUUUCUCAGGAGAUCUUCCCAGUUUGGAAUCUGCAGCAAGGAUACAAUUAAAAUUUUUGGCGGAGGAAAUGCAAGCCUUAAGCAAAGGAUUGGAGAAAGUCAUUCGGGAACUGACAUUAUCUGAAAAUGAUGGUCCUAUAUCAAUAAAUUUUCAUAAGAAAUUAAGGGAGUUUCUUCAAUCCUCUGAGGCUGAAUUAAGGACUUUGGCUUCUCUAUAUUCUGCAGUGGGUCGAAAUGUGGAUGCUUUGAUUAUUUACUUUGGAGAAGAUCCAUCUCGCUGCCCCUUCGAGCAAGUACUUUCAACUCUGCAAAACUUCGUGAGAAUGUUUAACAAAGCUCAUCAGGAAAACUGUGAGCAAACUGAGCAGGAAAUGAAGAAAUUGGCGGCAGAAAGUCAGAAGUCGUAAAUGAAUGUUGCACAUGAUGGGUCUGAACGCAUGUUACAUAACCCAACCUAGAACACGAACCUCAUCCGAUUUUCUCAUCAUUGUAAACAAUCCUUUUCUUCUCGAGAAAGAAAAUAAUGGAUGCUCCAGCAUGAAGAAUCGUCCAACAUAUUGAUGUUGGAGAGGAAAUGUAUAUUCAGCCAGUAGUAGAUUAGAUUUGAAAUGUAAAUACAAAAUGUCAAAAUUUGGUGCAGACAUUUAGGUUGAGCUAUGUUUUCCUGUGAGAGACGGAAACGGUGGAAUCCUGUUAUUUGGAAGGCAACUUGUAAAUUAUCCGAUCAAGAGAUUCAUUAUUGUAAGUACCUUCAAAGAAAGAUUUUGGCAGAUAGAUAGUCUUUUUCCCCCUCAUGUUUUGGCUUUCACUUUGAAUUGAUUUUCACACCAUUCUUUAUUUAAUCGAAAUCUGUCCUCUCUCUUUUUUUU